AUGGCCCUGACAGUAAAAAACAAAUAUGGUUUUGUUGAUGGGUCGAUCAAGAAACCAAGUGAAGAAGACAUUGAUGAAUUGCAGCAAUGGAGACGCUGCAACAGCCUGGUCAAAACUUGGUUAGUGAGUUCGAUCUCCAAGGAGAUUGCAGCUAGUGUGUUCUACUGUGAUGGAGCACAAGCAAUUUGGAACGAGUUGCGAGAACGCUUUUCUCAGGUAAACAAUGUUCAACUUUUCCAAAUUGAAAAUGAAAUUCAUGAUUGUGUUCAAGGCACCAUGUCUGUUAGGUCUUAUUUUACCAAACUCAAAGGCUUGUGGGAUGAAAGGGACAUUCUUUGUCCUAUCUCAACUUGCAACUGUGGAGUUACGAAUGAGGAAUUGUCCUAUCGAGAAACACAGAAAACUAUCAAGUUGCUUAUGGGAUUGACUGAGUCCUUCGCUAUGACGCGAGGACAAAUAUUAAUGAUGGACCCUCUGCCUAAGGUUAGCAAAGAUUACUCUCUUGUUCUCAAACAUGAAUGUCAGCGUGAUGUGUUCGCUGGAAAAUGA